ACUUUCUCCGUCCCUUCUGAUAGGCUAGCCCUGGGCCAAGCACGCGCAGAGAGGCGCCCUGCGCUGCCGGCCGGCGUCUCCGCCCCUUUCGUUCAGUGGCGAAGAGGAAUUUCGGGUCGUUUGUGUUCAGACUUUUCCUCAGCUCUGUUCCCUGUUUGGGUGUGUCUCGUCACGGGGCGCUGAGCCCAGCCGGGAACUUCUGUCUGGGGCCGUCCUGGCUGUUGCCGCCGGUGCCUGGAGAGGAGCAAAAAGAGAAAGAAAGGAGGGAGGAGCGGGAAGCGACUAGCAAUAAGCUCUCCGGCGUUUGCCCAGCAGCUGAGGCUAAGAGUGGGGCUCGGGGCCUUUGUGAUGCCUCCUAAAAGACCCAGAAAAACCAACCUCCCUGUUCCCCUUCAAGAAGGAAUAAUUCUGAAAGAUACUGAGAAAAAAGAGUGGCGACUUGGUCGUAUGAUUGCCAAAGGAGGGUUUGGACUGAUCUAUCUAGCUUCUCCUCACCUUGAUUUUCCUGUAGAAGAAAGUGCAGCACAUGUCAUUAAAGUGGAAUACCUUGAGAAUGGACCAUUGUUUUCUGAACUGAAAUUUUACCAGCGAGCAGCAAAACAGCCGUGCAUCAAGUCAUGGAUGAAGCGCAAAUGCUUAGCUUUUCUAGGAAUUCCUAUCUUCUGGGGAGCAGGCCAGGUGGAACACAAUGGCAAGAGCUACAGAUUUAUGGUGAUGGAAAGGUUAGGAGAGGACCUUCAAACCACCUUUGAACGAAAAGGACGUAGGUUUGACAAGGGAACUGUUCUUCAGAUUGGAGUACGAAUGCUGGAUAUUUUGGAAUAUAUACAUGAAAAUGAGUAUGUUCAUGGAGACAUUAAAGCAGCAAAUUUACUUUUCGGCUACAGGAAUCCACAUGAGGUUUAUCUUGCAGAUUAUGGACUCGCCUACAGAUAUUGUCCCAAUGGGAACCACAAAGAGUAUCAGGAAAAUCCUAAAAAGGGCCAUAAUGGGACAAUAGAGUUUACCAGCUUAGAUGCGCACAAGGGAGUAGCACCAUCCAGACGAGGGGACCUUGAAAUCCUGGGCUACUGUAUGCUGCAGUGGAUUUGUGGGAAGCUACCCUGGGAGCAGGACCUGAGGAAUCCUGAGGCUGUCCAGGCAGCAAAAACAAAGCUCCUGGAUGAACUCCCAGAUUCAGUGACCAGGUGGGCUCUUCCAGGAACAAGCUGUGGUGAAAUAGCCACAUUUUUGAAAAAUGCUUGUGAAUUAGCAUAUGAUGAAAAGCCAGAUUAUGAGAUGCUGAAGAAAAUCCUCUUGAGUGGCCUGGAACACAGAGGACGCUGUUAUGAUCCUUUCAGUUUUAUUGCUGUGACAAGUGGUCUGAUUGAACAUGCAGCUAACCCCAGGAAACCAGAUUUGUCAAAGCUGACUCCAAAACCAGGGAAAGAAGCAAAAGAGAACAAGCAGGAAAACAAGAAACUUGCCUAUCGGAGAAAAGUCACUGUGGGAACACAAGAUGAGCAACUGCAGCCUCAAGCAAGCAAGCCUCUUCAGACUGAAGAAAGAGAAGAACCUCCACCUGGAAUGUGUAUAGGGCGCAGGACCUUCCAGGAAAUUGAAGAAAAAUCCAUACAAAAUGGAAUUACUUAUCCACCAACCUGUCAACCAUUGCCUAGCUCUUCCACAUGCAGUACUCCUGUAUUACAUGAAGAAAUGUAUCAAUAUAUUAUAGCCAUUGUUAUUCUCCUAUUGCUAAUACCACUUUCUUUGUACUUCCUUUGAUAUCACCCUCAGUGUGUGUUUUUUAGAGUGCAGGAUGAGGCAGUCACAGGUUGUCUGAACUUCCUCUUCAGGCUUUCUUCAAAGACAUUUUCAGGGUGAUUUGCUGGAAUUUUCAGGAAACAGAAGGGCCAUUAGAAAGUGAAAUUCAUAGAUUUCUACUGUAUUUUCUAAUGGUUGAAUUAAAAAGAAUAAGUGGCCA